AUGCAAGCAUUAUAUUUGCUUCUUUGGAGGAAAAGGGAUGGAAGGGUUUUUGCAAGGUUGCCCGGACCUUCGCUGAGGCAGCGGAGCGCACUCAAGAAGGACGAUGAUGGCCGGACUCCACUCCACGAAGCAGCGGGCAAGUCCCACACUGAUGUCGCAAAGGUGCUGCUGGAAGCCGGCGCAGACCCCAACAUCAAGGACGAUGAUGGCCGGACUCCACUCCACGAAGCAGCGGGCAAGUCCCAGGCUGAUACCACGAAGGUGGUGCUGAAAGUUGGCACACACCGAAUCUUCAAGGACGGCCACCUGGUAGAAUCUCAUUCGUGGAAUACGUUGGGCCACGACCAGCAACACUCUGACAGCAUGGUGACGGUGAUGACGCUGCUGGUGAAAGCUGGCGCAGACCUAAACAUCAAGGACGGCCGAGGCGAGACGCCACUGCACAAAGCAGUGCGCCAAAACCACCUGGAGGCUGCAAAGAUCCUCUUGGCAGCCGGUGCAGACCUAAACGCCAAGGACCAGGACGGCCAGACGCCGCUUUACGAAGCUGCUGACAAUGGAUGCCUACAGACCGAAGUUUUCCUGCUGCAAAGCGGUGCCGAGUGGAAUGCGGAGGACCACAAUGGCAUCACUCCACUCGGCUUGGCUGCAAAGGACAUCGUCCACGACGGCGGCUGCGCCGUGGUCUUCGCAGAGCAAUGGCUGAUAGCAGGAGGCGACAUCUCUCGGGACAUCCCAGAUACCUGGGAUGCGCAGCGGAGCUGCAUUUUCCGAGUCAUGCCUUACGGAGAGAAGCUGGCCAUGGCACGCCGUGACUGGCUCACAUAUCUAGUGCCGGCUGCAGGUUUCGCAGCGGCAUGUUUGUUCGUGCUGGCCGAAGGCUGCAUCCUGCACUGGACCACGAAGGCUGGCUACCAUGCCGUGUCAGAUGACGCGGAUCCAUUCGUAGCCGGGGCCCGACUGAGAAUCGCCAAAGCCCGUACCGAAGGGAAGGCCCUACUUCUUGUCUUCCGCAUGGUGGAAGUAGCGGCCAUGGGAAGCUUCGUCAUGGGCUUUGGGAUGCUUCUCUUUUACUGGAUUCUGUGGGUGCCGCUGUGUUUCACGAUGUUUGCAUUGCCAGCAUACCUGCAGCACGGCCUGCAAAGCCUGCUGCAGGCACCAGUGUUGGCGAUGGCCAGCACGAAAGGGCGGCGUUCGUGGAGCCUUUUGCGAAUCCUUUUGCUUGCCGGGGUUGUGAGCUUCGUUUGGACACGGACUCAUGAUCCGCCGCGUAACGACGAGAACGUAUUCUUCACAGAGGGUCGCAGCCCGCAAGGGUGGGAACGGGUCUUGAACCCGCUGCAAGACAACAUUCGCAAAAUCGUCGACCAGGCUUGGCCCGAACAGAACUUGGGAGAUGAUGCAAAAGCACUAGAUCUGCCGGAGUGGCUUUACAUUGAUAGAUGGGAUGAGCAUCACUUUCGGUCACAUCUCCGCUGGAUGUUCAAGCCGACGGCGCAGGGCAUCUUCAUAAGCCUUCUCUGUUUCCUCUUUCUGACUCUGUUGUUGUACGCCCUGGCCCUGGUCGCGAAGAUGGUCGGGAGCUUCUGCAGCCCUAAGGAGCGAGUCGGAGUCGAAGUCACAAGCCCUUCCGCUGCACUGUCCCAGCGGCUUCUGACCGAGGGCUUCGCCAGCCUUGAAACUGAGCUGCCACAGCUGAAACGCGAGCAGUGGGGCUUCAGCGGUGUUCGCGACUUCUUCGACUCUCUUUCGGUAAAGCUCGCCUUUAUUGCGCUCGACGUUUUUCUAGACUUCAACACGAUUGCCUCCUUGCUCGUCGCGAGGAGCUUCAAGCUCGCGGCCGGCAUGACUUUCAUCGUCGGACGCAGCACUCUGAAGCAGCUCCAGAACAUCCGUUCUUUCCGGGAGGCGCUAAAGGAGACCGUGAAGCUCGGAGUGCUGCACCAGACUUUGCUGGAGAUCUUUGAGGAGGAGAAGGGAGGCGAAGCCUUCCUGAGCUUGAUUUGGACAUCUUACAGCUAUGUCUUUUGUGUGCAAAGUGCGACGCAAGCAUUGAUUCAGAGCUUCAGCCUGGCACUGAGUGUCUAUGGCUUAGCCUCUUUUCUGGUAGACAAGUUGGACUUGAAGUACGAGGAUCAGGAUGGUACAGUCUCACCACUCCGCACCCUUGAGCGUGGUCGCAUCAUAGAGCUCUGA